GUAACUAAGGAUGUGGAUAAUUGGAUUGUGUUUUGCAUCUUUACUUGUAAUAUAUUGUACCCAUUUUUUCUACAAAUGGAGAAACCCAAAAUGCAAAGGUGUUCUUCCUCCUGGUUCUAUGGGUUUGCCUAUUAUAGGAGAAACUCUUCAAUUGAUCAUUCCAAGUUACUCUUUAGAUCACCAUCCAUUCAUCCAAAAAAGAAUCCAAAGAUAUGGACCCAUUUUUCGAACCAAUCUCGUCGGUAGACCGGUGAUAGUAUCAGCUGAUCCUGAAGUUAAUCAGUACAUAUUUCAACAAGAAGGGAACUCAGUUGAAAUGUGGUAUUUAGAUGCAUAUGCAAAAAUAUUUCAGCUCGAUGGUGAAUCCAGGUUAAGUGCAGUAGGGAGAGUUCACAAGUACAUAAGAAGCAUAACUUUGAAUAAUUUUGGGAUUGAAAACCUUAAAGAAAAUUUGCUUCCUCAAAUACAAGAUUUGGUGAACCAAAGCUUACAAAAAUGGUCAAAUAAAGCUUCUGUUGAUGUGAAACAAGCUGCUUCUGUUAUGGUUUUCAAUCUUACAGCAAAGCAAAUGUUUAGUUAUGGUGUUGAGAAGAAUUCAUCAGAGGAGAUGACAGAGAAAUUCACUGGAAUCUUUAACAGUCUUAUGUCUUUACCAUUGAAUAUUCCGGGCACAACAUAUCAUAAAUGUUUAAAAGACCGAGAGGCAAUGCUAAAAAUGUUGAGGGAUACACUGAAACAAAGACUUUCUUCACCAGAUACGCAUCGAGGAGAUUUUCUUGAUCAAGCCAUUGAUGAUAUGGAUACCGAGAAGUUUUUGACAGGAGACUGUAUUCCUCAACUGAUAUUUGGAAUUCUUCUAGCUGGGUUCGAAACUACAGCAACAACACUAACACUAGCUUUCAAGUUUCUUGCAGAGCAUCCUUUAGUGUUAGAGGAGUUGACAGCUGAGCAUGAAAAAAUUCUUAGCAAAAGAGAAAAUUUGGAAUCCCCACUCACAUGGGAUGAAUACAAGUCCAUGACUUUUACCCAUCAUGUCAUUAACGAAACACUUCGAUUGGCUAAUUUUCUGCCAGGGCUAUUGCGAAAAGCAUUGAAAGAUAUUCAAGUCAAAAAUUAUACAAUUCCAGCUGGUUGGACAAUAAUGGUUGUCAAGUCUGCAAUGCAACUAAACCCUGAAAUAUACAAGGAUCCACUUGCAUUCAAUCCAUGGCGAUGGAAGGACCUCGACUCUUACACUGUUUCGAAGAAUUUCAUGCCUUUCGGUGGAGGAUCAAGGCAAUGUGCAGGAGCAGAUUACAGUAAACUAUUCAUGACCAUC